UUCCUCGAGAGCCGGCGCGCGAUCCGCAGGCUGCCCCGAUGUGGCCGGCGCGGAGGUGCCCGGCCGCGCUCGCCGCCGCCGUGCAGGCCCAGCGCCGCUCCUGCGCCCGCUCCGCCCAGCGCGGGGGGCUGCUUUUCCGACAGCUCUUCGAAAAGGAAAGCUUCACGUACACCUACUUGCUGGCAGAUGCAAAGACCAAGGAAGCCGUCCUGAUAGAUCCAGUUCUGGAAACGGCCAAGAGAGAUUCAACGUUGGUGAAGCAGCUUGGGCUUAAUUUGCUCUAUGCAGUCAACACCCACUGCCAUGCGGAUCACAUCACGGGCACAGGACUUCUGAAGAAGCUGCUUCCCGGCUGCCGGAGCGUCAUCUCCAAGCACAGCGGGGCCUCGGCUGACAUUCUCAUCCAGGAGGGGCAUACCCUCCAGUUUGGAGCUUUUGCCCUGGAAGCGCGUUCCACCCCUGGACACACUGAUGGUUGCCUGACCUAUGUGCUGAAUGACAAGGGCAUGGCUUUCACUGGGGACGCCCUCCUGAUCCGGGGCUGUGGACGGACAGACUUCCAGCAAGGUAACCCGGUGACCUUGUAUCACUCAGUGCACGAGAAAAUCUUCACACUCCCCGGAGACUGCCUCAUCUACCCUGCCCAUGACUAUACGGGCCAGAUGGUGUCCACAGUAGAGGAAGAGCGAACCCUGAAUCCUCGCCUGACGUUGCCCAAGGAGGCCUUUGUGGAGCUCAUGAACAACCUGAACUUGCCCAAGCCCAAGCAGAUCGAUUUUGCGGUCCCUGCAAACCUCAAGUGUGGAGUUCAAGAUACAGUUGCCUAGCUGCACGCUUUUCCCUCCAGGCCCUGCCUGUUUCAUGGAGAACACGGCUGCGUGGCCUCUGACCGGCCCCUUCGAAGCAGUGCGACGCUUUCUCGGUAUGCGAAAACCCACACAGCAAGCGAUGAGAGAAGAUGACAAGGACAUUCCGUGGAGAAGCACACAGAAGAAUUGCUUGUUUUGGUUCCUCACCCACGCACGCAACCUGAUACUUCUAUGACGAAUCACCCAUCUCUGACUCUUAACUCUGAUCCCUCUUUGGCCCUGUUCUUGCAGGGCCUUUUUGCUAGUGCAAAAAGUGCUGGACAUUCGUGGCCCAAGCUGGUCCUUCAUUCCAUUCCCUUCAAGCCCAGAUUGCGCUGAAAUUUCUUUGUUUGGAUUCUCUGUGUGGAUCAGAAACUGUGAACAGCUGAAACUCAGGGGAAGAGGGUUUUGUGUGCAGAUGCUCUUGUUGCUGAGGAAAUAAAUGGCAUUUGUUUUUCACUA